GGUGGAUGUUCACUAAAGAAGAGAGAAUAAUUGACAUCAAGUCUCAAUCCACUGGAUACACCAGCUGAACCCAUAGCCGGUUCAUUAUCGGCUCUGGACGCACAAUUAGGCGUGGCUACAAGACGACAAGCCACCCUCAAACGAAAAUUAGAUACCAGGAUCUCUUUAUUUUGUGUGUUCUGCAAUAUUAUGGGGACAAUUAUCCUUCUCUCUUUCGUGUAUUUGGAAUUCCAUCUGUAAAGUCUCCCAAAAGCGAUGUGCAGUGAGAAACCAGGCGAUACGAUCUCGGCAUAAACUUUUCCUCACCUCUCUCCAUUUCUAAACGCUCAAAAUCUCCUGCAUAAAAUGCAGAUCAUCUUGUACACAGCUGUAUUAUUUUACCUCAUUAUUUUACCUAUUUUACCUCAAACCUCAGCCAGCGCGGAGCCUAUUGCCAAGUGUCCGACGCAGUGCAAUGUGAGUACCUGUCCGAGCCCCAGCUGCCCUCGCGGCUUCGUACCGGACAGCUGCAACUGCUGCCUGGUGUGCGCCCAGGGAGAGGGAGAGCCAUGCGGCAGUAAGGAUGACCUGCUUUGCGGGGACGGGCUGGAUUGCAAACACCCGGCGGGCAAGCGGCUCUCAAAGAGAGUUUGUCUGUGCAAGUUAAGCCACGAAGUGUGCGGCAGCGACGGGAAGACGUACAGCAGCGUGUGCCAGUUGAGUGCGACCAGCAGGAAGGCUCUGCAGCAGGGACUACCAGGCAUCACCCAAAUCCACAAAGGACCGUGUGAGACCAGUAUAGGUCCUUCAAAUGCUGCCAGUCCCCGGUACAAGUUCAACUUCAUAGCUGACGUUGUGGAGAAAAUCGCUCCUGCUGUGGUCCACAUUGAACUUUUUCUGAGGCAUCCUCUCUUUGGUCGGAAUAUCCCUCUGUCGAGUGGAUCGGGGUUUGUGAUGUCAGAAAAUGGAUUAAUUGUUACCAAUGCCCAUGUGGUUUCCGCUAUCACACCAGUGUCCGGUCAACAGCACCUCAAGGUCCAGAUGCAUAAUGGUGAUGUGUAUGAAGCCAGUAUCAAAGAUAUUGACAAAAAGUCAGACAUCGCUACUAUCAAAAUCAAUCCACAGACAAAGCUGUCUAAUUUGUUUCUGGGCCACAGUGCAGACCUAAGGCCCGGGGAGUUUGUGGUUGCAAUCGGCAGCCCAUUUGCACUACAGAACACUGUCACCACCGGCAUUGUCAGCACCGCUCAGAGAGAUGGCAAGGAGCUGGGCCUCAGGGAUUCAGAUAUGGACUACAUCCAGACAGACGCUAUUAUCAACUAUGGAAAUUCGGGUGGACCUCUUGUCAAUUUGGAUGGCGAGGUAAUCGGCAUCAACACCCUGAAGGUUGCCGCAGGAAUCUCAUUUGCCAUUCCCUCUGACAGGAUUACUCGCUUCCUCAGUGAUUCACUCAGCAAGGACAGCAAAGAUGUAAGAUCAACAAAGAAGCGUUUUAUCGGGAUUACGAUGCUGACCAUCACACCAGCGUUAACAGAAGAGCUAAAACGGCAGAACUCACACUUCCCUGAUGUUACCAGUGGAAUUUAUGUUCAUGAGGUCAUUCCUCACUCACCUGCACAAAAAGGUGGUAUCAAAGAUGGUGACAUUAUUGUGAAACUGAAUGGCAGAUCCUUGAUGACCACAGCUGACCUGCAAGAGGCACUGCAGGAGGAGACAGCCCUGUUGCUGGAGGUCAGGAGGGACAACAAUGACCUUCUCUUCAACAUUGAACCCGACAUCAUUGUGCAGUAGACAUGUGAUGUUUGAAUUACACAAAUCUCUUUAUGUGAAGAACAGUCAUAUGAUGACUCAAUGGAAGUUAUGUGCAGUGGACUGUCUGUCAAGUGCUCAUGUUAACUUAACUGUACCAAUGUACAACAUGGACAGCAUGGUACAAUGCAGUUUUGGUAUCAAAGAUUUACAGCUGUGCCCCUAACAUGUUCAGACCAGGUCACUUUUGCAACAAAAUGGAAAUAUGUACUCCUUCCCCACCCCCACCUCAUUUAAUUUAUGUGAAACACUUGAUUAUUUGACUUUGGUUACACCUUACUCAACCUGUAGACACAUUUACUAAACAAGUACUGAGAGAAUAUGUUCUUAAUGUGAGGUAAUAAUGGUGGUCAGUCAGCAUCUCAUGGUGCAUCACAAAAAUUACAAGACAAAUGCAAAUUGAUGAAGGUUCCUUCCUGUUAAAUAGAUACUUUUGCUGUUAAAUGGAUGAAAUGAUGAUAAUUAAUUCAAGGAAUUCACUCUUAAGCAUUUUUUUUCCUUUUUUAAUUUCCAAAAUAUGACUCGGACAAGCCACUCCAAAAAUCUGCUCCAUGGUUGCUCAUGCAAAAGUAAAGAUCUUGUUGACUGUUUAAUGGCCGGGACAGCAUCCGCAUUGGUUAGCCUGAUGUCAGCAUAGCAACUCAUUUGGCAAUUCUAGGAACAAAGGACUGACUUGUCAUUAGUUGCAUCUAAAGUAGGGAUGUUGCAGUUCAUGGUCAGCAUGUUAACCCCUCAGCCUUGGCAGCACCCUACACCUGACCCUUGCAAGUGAGCCUGACCACCAGGUGCUUGUUGGUCUAUGAAUGAAUGAUAGAUAAAAAAAAAAAUACUGAUAUAUUAUUGAAUAAAGAUGAAGUACAUUUUUAUUCUUGAAUUAUCAUCCUCAACUCUGCUUUUAUCCAUUCAUGUAUGAGUUCAUUCAAGGAGUUUAGAUUAUUCUUGGUAGUAUAGGUCAUAAAAAAAGACUGCACAGUUGCUUUAUGAAGGCCAUCUCUUUGGGUUGAUUAAAUUAAAAAAUUUUAACCUCCUGGUCAACAUACUAUUUGAUACUUGACAGUCCUUCAUAAGCAUAAAUAGUGGAUAUUAUAUUUAACUGUUUGUAAGUUUUAUGACAAGAAGCACCAUUGUGAGAUGUGUGGGACUUUGUGAAACAGUCUGAAUCUGUUAAACUUGCAAUAAAACAUCAUUUGUUUUCAGGAA